CCGGGAACGACUUUCUGCCUCCGCAUUGGUCCGCGCGCCCGUCAGUCUUCCCCGGGCCGCACCGGCCCGCCUCCUUGGCUCACGACGCCGCCUGCCUGGCUACCUCGCCGGCUGUCUGCCGCUUCUGCCUGUAGGGACCUGAGCUAGCGCCAGCUCCGCGAAGCUCAGGGAAGAGGGGGCGGACUCGGCCGCCGCUGAGCAUCGCCUGUGUGGGCGGCAGGGCCGCGGCCUCUCCGCCGGCAGCACCACCUGUCGCGGGCCGAGACUUCGGGUGAAAGGAAAGAUGUUGUCCCGGUUAAGAAUAGUUGCUACUCCCUAUACUCUAGCAUGUCGUCAUAUGCACAUAAAAGAAAAAGGCAAGACACUCAUGUUGAACCCAAGAACAAACAAGGGAAUGGCAUUUACAUUACAAGAACGACAAAUGCUUGGUCUUCAAGGACUUCUACCUCCCAAAAUAGAAACACAAGAUAUUCAAGCUUUACGAUUUCAUAGAAACUUAAAAAAAUUGAAUGGCCCUUUGGAAAAAUACAUCUAUAUAAUGGGAAUACAAGAAAGAAAUGAGAAGUUGUUUUAUAGAAUUCUGCAAGAUGAUAUUGAAAGUCUGAUGCCAAUUGUAUACACACCGACAGUGGGUCUUGCCUGCUCCCAAUAUGGACACAUCUUUAGGAGACCUAAGGGAUUAUUUAUUUCAAUCUCAGACAGAGGUCAUGUUAGAUCAAUUGUGGAUAACUGGCCAGAAAAUCAUGUUAAGGCUGUUGUGGUGACUGAUGGAGAGAGAAUUCUGGGUCUUGGAGAUCUGGGUGUCUAUGGAAUGGGAAUUCCAGUAGGAAAACUUUGUUUGUAUACAGCGUGUGCAGGAAUACGGCCUGAUAGAUGCCUGCCUGUGUGUAUUGAUGUAGGAACUGAUAAUCCAGCACUCUUAAAAGAUCCAUUUUACAUGGGCUUAUAUCAGAAAAGAGAUCGAUCACAACGUUAUGAUGACCUGAUUGAUGAGUUUAUGAAAGCCAUUACGGACAGAUACGGACAGAACACACUUAUUCAGUUUGAAGACUUUGGAAAUCAUAAUGCAUUCAGGUUCUUGAGAAAAUAUCGAGAAAAGUAUUGUACCUUCAAUGAUGAUAUUCAAGGGACAGCUGCAGUAGCCCUAGCGGGUCUUCUCGCCGCACAGAAAGUUAUAGGUAAACCACUCUCAGAUCACAGAGUCCUAUUCCUUGGAGCAGGAGAGGCUGCUCUUGGAAUUGCAAAUCUCAUAGUUAUGGCUAUGGUUGAAAAUGGUCUCUCAGAAGAAGAGGCGCAAAAGAAAAUUUGGAUGUUUGACAAGUUUGGUUUGUUAAUUAAGGGGCGGAAAGCUAAAAUAGACACUCAUCAGGAACCAUUUGCUCACUCAGCCCCAGGGAAUAUACCUGAUACUUUUGAAGAAGCAGUAAAUAUUCUCAGGCCUUCAGCUAUAAUUGGAGUUGCAGGAGCUGGCCGACUUUUCACUCCUAGUGUAAUCAAAGCCAUGGCUGAAAUCAAUGAAAGGCCUGUAAUAUUUGCAUUAAGCAAUCCUACAGCAAUGGCUGAGUGCACGGCUGAAGAAGCAUAUACACUUACAGAGGGAAGGUGUUUGUUUGCCAGUGGCAGUCCAUUUGAGCCAGUGAAACUCAGUGAUGGGCAAGUCUUUACACCAGGCCAAGGCAACAAUGUGUAUAUUUUCCCAGGCGUGGCUUUAGCUGUUAUUCUCUGUAACACCCGGCAUAUCAGUGAUCAUGUUUUCCUAGAAGCUGCAAAGGCUCUGACAAAUCAGCUGACAGAUAAAGAGCUAGCUCAAGGGAGACUUUACCCACCACUUGCUGACAUUCAGGAAGUUUCUAUUAACAUUGCUAUUAAAGUCACAGAAUACCUGUACGCGAACAAAAUGGCCUUCCGAUACCCAGAACCUGAAGACAAGGCCAAAUACAUUAGAGAAAGAAUCUGGCGAAGUGAAUAUGAUUCCCUGCUCCCGGAUGUCUAUGACUGGCCAGAAUCCCCACUAAGCCCUCCCUUGAUAACGGAAGAGAAGCACACCCACUGAAAAAUGCUUUCCAUGCUUCAGGGAACCCCCCUUAUUUUAUUUUUUUCCAGAGAAAAAGAGAAUCUCAAAUUUAUGGUUUUUUUCCUGUUUUAUUCUCCCCCACUGCUUUGCUUGACUUUUUUUUUUUUUUUUCAUGAAUCUGUACUUCCUUAGAGGAUCAACAUGUUGGCUGCAUUGUGAAUGCCCACCAGCGCCCUGCAAUCAAAUAACCAUGAUGCUUUUCUUCUGAUUCGUAGCUCAUAGCACAUCGAAGAGAUGUCACAGAUGUAUUUGUAAAUGUCUUCACUUGUGCUAUUGUUCAUGCUUGUCAAAGUAUUUGCUAUUUACUAUUACAGUAAUGAUCUUCUCUUCCCAGCUCUUUUAGGGCUACUAAGAAAUUUACUUCUGUGGAUACGAGUAUAGAGUUUUAAGAAGCCAAAUUUAACCAGAUUAUAAGGACAAACUGUCAGUGUCUAAAAGUUCUUUUAUUUCAGCCCUAUUUUAUCUUCAUGCUCUGAAAUUCCUUUCCAGCUGAUAUAUCUAGAGAAAUGUGAAAAAUCUACCCUGUUAUUUAUUUUCUGGACCUAAAUUGAGGCCCAACUAUAACAUCAGGAGAGAGAAAUGGGAAGUACCGCUGUCUUUAGAGAGAUAAACAAAAUAGUCAUUGUUUUCAACAGUGUAUAAAAAUCAUAGUGUAACUUUUUUAUUUAAUAAAGGUAUUGUCUUAAAUUUAAUUGCUUCAAUUAAUGUGAUUUUAUUGCCCAACUAGAUAUUUAGGUUUGCUUAUUAUGAAAAACACCUAUUUUCAUUUUACUUAUUUCUAGAUGAUUCAAAGGAGGGGAUAUAAUGCAUAAAUUAUAACUGACAUCAUGUGACUUUUAACCAAUGAGUCCUGUUGCACAUUUGAAUGAAGCAUAUUUAACUGGAGAUGCUAUACCCCUUAUUCCAAUAGUGGUGCUCUUUAUUGUUUGGAUAAUUUUGGAAUAUCUUUAUUCCUUUGAAUACCAUUAGUGACAACUCUUCCCACUGAAGAUGGAUUAAUUUUUUGAAACCACCAAAAUUAAUUUAGAACUAAGGGGGAUGAAUGAGGUAGGUGUACAGACCAAGAAAUGCCAUUUUUAAUACCAGUAAAAUGGGUAACAAUUGGCGAGUAAGACCAGUUUUCUUAUUUGGCUUGUGGAUUGGAGGGUUCUAAAGGAAAACGCAAAAGCCUUUGGAGAGUUAGUAGUAUUACUUUUUAUGUGCCUAACAUAAUUGCUUUGAAGGAACAAAAACUUAUUUUAAGCGCUCCUUCUAGAAGAUCAACUACAAAAAGUUAUUCUUAGCUACAUGUAAGGGUGUACAUUAUUUGGUAUUUCCACAGUCCUUGAUAUGUUAGAUGUGAUAUUCUAUAGGGGGAAAAGGGCAUCAUUUGUAUGUUCAUAUGUCCUAUGUAUAGGUAGAGAUUGAUUCAUACUAAUUUUGGAUAUAAUUUAACAUUUUAAGAAUGCUUGAAAUGGCACUGCCAUUUGGAGCAUUUUAAAAUGCAGUUGAUUAAUCCAUUGAACAGAUGAGUAAAGUCAGAAGUCUGUUGUAUAAACCUGUUGUAUAAUAUAAGCAAUUGGGUCACUAUUUGUUUCUUUUAAUUAAGAGUGAAAGUUUUAUGUUUUUCAUGUUACCUUUGUCAAAACAAAAAUUGCCCCCAAAAAUACUCUCUUGAUUUUAGUUUAACAUUACAAGUAUAAUAAUUACAAAUCCUGUUUUUUGCUUAGUGCUUACUGAAGGCAGGAUCACAUGCUGAAUUAAUGUAAUUUUACUAAGAUGUUUGCUUAGUAAAUAUGCCUAGUACAGUCUUCAUGGAAAUUAUAUUUUAAAGAAAGAAACAAAGCCAACUGACAUCUAGCCUGCUUAUUUAUAUAACCCGUAAUGUACUGGUUGGUAAAUAACACAUGAGAAUAGGUGGUUUUAAUGAGCACAUAUUUAUCUGGAGAAGUAAGAUAUAUUUACACAUACUAUAUGAGAUAUAUAAUAAA